AUGGAGACUUGCUCAUUUUCAGAAAAGCUAAAAACCGGCUGUGGGGAUUUUCGGGGAACAGAAAAAGGUUUGCUCAGAUUAACUGACUGUAAGGCGGACAUAUCGGAACAUUUACGAACAACGCAUCUUUCCAAACUUGUUGGAAACAUUGAUGAGUAUGAGCUCAUUCUCUACAGAGCUGGAUUUUAUGAUCUUUCACUGCAGCAGAAGGAAAAGCUAUUAAUAUGCCCAAAACAUCGACAUAACUUGGGUCGGAACUGGCGGCCACUACGGACUUGUCAACAUCCCCUUCAUACGGGCAAAAGGGUACCGCCAAAAAACAGAAAUGUGAUCAAUCUUGAGACAUCAAAGGCUAUCCACCUAAUUUUUGGGAUCACAGUCCCAAUUGGAUCAGGUACGAAAUCUCAAGAAAUAUUUAAGAAAUUUAUAUUUUUAUCCUAAGAUAUUUUAUUUAAUCUAUUCGAUAUUUCUUUGUCCUUCGUCACAUUUCAUGAAAUAAUAUAUUUUUUGUUUCAAUUGACCCCUAGCAAUUUGUUCCUCUUGUUCAAAAAAACAUAAGCAAAAAGUAGAAGAAAACAAAGCUUGGAUGAUAGACGAUUUGGAUGAAGAAUCAAGGUAAACAGGAAGCGCAAUUAUUUAUUUUGAGCAGGCCGGUAGCACUUCCCCCCCUCCCCCUUAGCCUGCCCCCCCCCUAGCUCUCAACUAGGGGGUACGUAGGCACCCUAAAAUUAAUUAUUUCUAGAAAUAAAGGUAUACAAGGGCGUUGUAGGGAAGAAAAUUUUCAGGAGACGUAAAAAUUAUUGCGCCAAGUGGGGAGGUCAGACGCGAGAUUACAAAGCAAAUAACUAAAAAUUUCCGACGGGUAUAUUUUUCGCCCGACGGGGGGGGGGGAUGUCACUCGAGAUUAGGAAGGAGUGAAGUAAAAAUUUCCGAGGGUUAUAUUUUUCGCCCGAUGGGGGUGGGGGACGUCACGCGAGAUUACACUGUGCCCCCUCCCUCCCCCCCCAAAAAAGCUGUAAGCCAGCUACGGGCCUAAUUUUGAGACUCAUUACUGAUUUACAGAAGAACAAAACAGAAGAAACAAAACUAAACAUCCAAUAAAGAAUACAAGAAUAAAGGAGCUACAGUAGAUAAAGACUAGUGGAUAAAUAUAUUUAAAAAAAAAGCGCGCACUGUAAAUUAUUACGGGAAAUACCAAAGACGAUCGCGAUCUCUUUCUCUUUUUUCAAUUCUUCUUUUGGUCUUUUAUCCAACUUUUAUAAUUACUUUUAUGUUUACAAUAAAUAAUAACAAAAUAUUUAAUUUGUGUUUUUGUAUGUGUAAAAAGCGCUGUCUUUCUUCAUUUGAUUGUUUCAUUUACCCUUCCCUGUAGACUUGCUAAGAGAUUCGGUGCACUCAAUUUACAACCAACUAUACCGCCUACUCCAAGUGUAACUCAAGCGGUUGCAACAGAUGACAAUGAUAUGUGGACACCUGGGCAAUGGUUGAGACCAAGCAGUGGAAGUUCUCAGGAAGAAGGGGCGGAGAGUUUGGAUGCAGUGGUUCCCAUGUAUAAUGAAGCUAUUGCUAAUUUAUCAGCAAAGACCAAAGUUGGAAACAUUAAUCCAUUAACAUUUCAGCUGAAAUCUACCUGGGAUGAAGCCACAGAGAGUGAUAAGCAAACAUGCAUUGACCGCGCAAUAGAAGGCUGUGGUGUUGUGUGUAACAUUAUCGCUCCAAAUGCCGGGGAGAGUCUCUUAGAAUCAUGCUCUCAGAUUCCUGAGCACGAGAGUAUCUCUGAAGAUCUAGUAUCCCUUAUGCAAGCAUACAAGAAUGCACCUACCAAAAACCUUAAGACCCAAAUUCUUAGUAUUUAUGCUUACCGCUUCUCAGUUAAGAAGCUUCAAAAGCUGCAUGAGGCUUAUGAACAUCUGACGACUUGGCAAGUAAAGAGAGCAAGAGCACAUGCUCAAAAUGCUGGACCUGGCUGGACUGUUGAAAAGUCUCCAUCGUUUCGCGUGCGGUUGGACAAGGUAUUGGUUGAUCACUUUGUGGAUUUCAUAAAUAGACCCUAUUUCUAUCAGGACGUUGCAUAUGGAACCAGAAAAAUCCAACUUGAUAGCGGCGAGAAGCUUUCUAUGCCAAAUGUGAUUCGAACUGUCACACGUUCGACCAUGGUAAAACAGUAUCUCCAGUUUUGUAAAGAAGAAAACGUGACGUCCCUAAGCCGUGCAACGUUAUUCCGUAUUCUCCAAGUCAGGGAAGCCUCCCAACAAAAGUCCUUAAGCGGAAUUGACAACACUGCAGCUGAUGGAUCAUCAGGUUUCGAGCAAAUGAUUAAAAUAGUCGAAGAGCUUCAACAGCUGGGUAAAGACAAGAAAUGGUGCGAAGCGAUAAGAAAAACCAUCCAGGAGGGAAAGCGAUAUUUGAAGACAGGAUAUCGCAGUCAUUGUCAACAAAGUGAAAGUUCCUGUGCAGACCACUGCCGUAAAUUUUCUCUCAGUGACCCAGACAACUCAGAACUUCAAGAGAGGUGUACGCAUGACCACACAAGUACCUGUAGCCAGUGUGAAGGUAUCAAGGUAUGUCUUAUCAACAUAGAAGAAGCUAUUGAAGACAAGCACGUCAAAAUGUACAGCGAUGAGCAAAGAGGAGACUUUCUUUACGAUUUCAAGAAAGCUGAAAAAGCCAUCAACCAAUGGAAGAAUCAUAUUAUGAGAUCUGCGAACCAAGAACGAGCAAAGCAAGAUGUUUUAAAUCAGUUGGACAGUAGCUCGAAGUUACUUGUGAUGGAUUGGGCUAUGAAGUUCUUACAGCUUCGAUACCGCGAGAAACAAACUGACUGGUACGGUAAAAGAGGUCUUAGUUGGCAUGUCACCAGUGUCGUCUCGCGCGAUAAAGUAUCUGGCAAGAUCAGUGUUAGCUCGUAUACUCAUAUAUUUGACCAGUGUACACAAGACUGGUAUGCAGUUGCAUCCAUAAUCGAGCAUCUCCUUCUGCAUCUCAAACAGCAAGAUCCCCAGUUUGAGAAGGCUUACCUGCGAUCAGACGAGGCCGGUUGCUAUCACAACAACUGUUUAAUUGCCGCAGUGAAAGAUAUCGCAGACAGAGUUGGAAUCAAAGUCAUGAGCUACGAUUAUUCUGAACCCCAAAGUGGCAAGGAUGUGUGCGACCGUAUCAUCUGUCCAAUGAAGAAUUCCAUUCGCACAUAUGCAAAUGAAGGUCACGACAUUCUUACUGCAUCUGAUAUGAGGAAAUCGCUUCAGCAACAUCCAGUAAGAGGAACAUCAGCUUCUGUAAAUAAUGUUGAUGAUUCAAAAAAAGACCUGGUUAUAAAUAAUUUGGACGGAUUUGCAAGCUUUCAUAACUUUCAGUUUAAAGAUGAUGGCAUAAAGGUUUCGAAGGCAUAUGGCAUUGGAAACGGAAAGCUGAUUGGUUAUGACAAAGUCUAUCAACAACACCAAGGGCCAACAACACUUAUUACCCAAGAAGAAGGUGAAGGUUUCUUCGUCCCUCCACAAAAGGCGAAGUGUUGGGACCGAAAAGAAAGUGCACUACCAAGUACAGAAAUAACUGGUCAAGAUGAACAAGUACAUCUCUUUGAAUGCUUUUUUCCUGGAUGUUCAAAAGUGUUUCGUGAAUUCUCGGAUCUAGAGCUACACCUUAAUGUUGAUGAGCAUACAACCACGAAACAAGAGAGCAUAUACAAUAAGAUUAAACGAGAUUGGGUGUUGAAGUUUGCAAGUGUUGACGUGGUUCCAGAAGCUACUACCGAGGAUGCCUUAGUUUCAACCUCUGCGGAAAAAUCAAAACGAAAUCUACAAAUGGGUUGGGCGAUUAACAAGCCAACGUCUGGUUCCAAGCGUUUCUCUCCUAAAAUCAAAGAAUAUUUAACAAGAAUUUUUCUACUUGGUGAAAAGACCGGACGGAAGGCAGAUCCUGAGCAAGUUGAAAAAGACAUGAGGAACUCUAGAAACACAUCCGACGAUCGUCAGUUCAGUCGAAACGAAUGGUUGACAAAAACACAAAUCAAGGGUUUCUUUUCUCGACUUGCAGCAAAACAACGCAAGCAGCAUGGGUUACUGGCCGGGUUUUUAAGUGACAACGAAGAAGAUGUUGAAUGUUUGUUAGAGGACACGGAAAGACGCGGUUUGGUGAAUGAGAUUGAUGAUGAAAUCGGGCUGAAGCACCCCAUAACGUAUGACAUGUAUGACAUUUGUGAUUAUUAUCACCAAGACAAGUUGUCCACUUUCAACGUUCCAAUGCUCAAACGAAUCCUGACACAACUAGAAAUACCUUAUAAAUCAAAAAACAAGAAGGCAGAGCUGAUCAGUAAACUUAAAAACGUGGUUUCAGAAUGUGAAUGUAGCGAGGUAAGCGAGUAUUUCCUAGUGUUUUUAUUUAUCUUUAUAUUCAUCACCAUCUUUAUCAUUAUCACCAUUAUCAUAAUUUUAUUUAUCAUCUUUUUAUUACUUUUUAUUUCUACUACUUUGUGUUUAUCUAACACAAGUGUUUUAUUAACUCUCAAACACAGCUAUAAAGAGUUUCUUUUCUCAAUUAACAGCGGAACAACGCAACCAACUUGCCGAGUUUUGAAGUCAAGUGAUGAAGAAACUGGGCUCAACCAUCCUGCUAAAUGCAACAUUAUAUGGCAUUUGUGAUGUCCACUUACGCUGAGAUGCACACAAAAAAGGCAGAGCUGAUUCGUUAACUCAAGGAUGUAUAGUAAGGAUAAGAAUAAGAAUAAUAUUAUUAAUAAUAAUAAUAAAUUAUUAAUGAUAAAUUAUUAAUAAUAAAUAAAUAAUAUAACUGUGCUUACCUUUAGAACAACAACGGCUAAAUAUGUGAUGUUUAAUUUAAUUUAAAUAAGAGAUAAAUAUAAUAAUGAUGGUGACCAUGAUAUUAAGUAUAUUAAUACAGAUAAGAGUGUUAUUAUUAUUAUUAUUAUUAUUGAUUGUAUAAUUAUAUAUAUAUAUAUAUAUAUAUAUAUAUAUAUAUAUAUAUAUAUAUAUAUAUCGGACAGAAUUAUGAAUGGUUGUGCUGGACGUAAUAUCAAUAUCUAGUUUGACUAAUUGGAACAAUCAGACUUCUAAUAUAUCCUAUGGUACAAUCAACAAUAUAAUAACAAUCACUAUUAUUAGAAUGUGAUUACCAAUUAUUAUUUCCGAGGGGUAAAUUUUUCGUCGGACGGGGGGGAGGGAGGGGAGGUCGUACGUAAAUGUGGUCGAGAUUAGGAAAGAGUGAAGUAAAAAUUUCCGAGGGGUAAAUUUUUUGUCCGCCUGGGGGGAGGAGUUCGUACGUUACGUGUGACUGCCCCCAUGGUAAAAAAUCCUGCGUACCGUCCUAAUAAUAUUGAAUCACACCUUGAAUUUCCCACAUUCCUUUUUUAAUUUUCUUGAAACCCUACUCCCCCAAAACUCCCCCAGUCCCAGAGCUACUCCCCCUUCUUCGAAGCGUUGGACUGGGACCUAAUCAACCAUUGUAAACAAUACGAUAUAGCAGCAACAGCAGGAUACAAUGUUGUACAUUUUCAUACAUUUUGUAAGAAAUAGGGAUUUUCGCAGCUCUUGCGAGUUUUUGAGAGUGUUGAAGGGUUCUUUUAAGUGAAUUUCGUAUACCAACCAACCAUCAGAAGAAUGUGCAAGUGUAAAUUGGCAACAAGGUUCGAAAAUUAUUCCUCGACGAACACACAAAUCCGAGAAUCGUUCAUGCUUAGUAGGAAGAGUACCUUCUAAAAAAGCUAAUGGGGCAUGAAAUGAUGCUACGAAACACUAAUCCAUCAUCUAAGAUCCCGGUAAGUCCAAUACGUAGAAGUUAAAUUACACCAACUGCGAGAGUUGUGAUAUAGCGUGGAAUCUCUUUGACCAACAAUUUUAACCAUUACAGGCAAAGUUUGAUGAGCUGUAA